AUCUCUAUUCACUGUCAUUACGGAGACUCUCUUUUCAUAUUCCUUUCCUGUACUGCCAUACCCCCAUCACUCCUUUCCUGUACAUACCGAUCCCUGUCAUACCCUCCACACUCCUCUCCUGUACAUACUAGCCACUGUCAUAUCCUUCAACACUUGCCUCCUGCACAUACCGCUCCCUGUCAUACCCUCCAACACUCCUGCAAUACUUCCAGCUGUCAUACCCUUCACACACUCCUCUGCACAUACUUCCAGCUGUCAUACCCUUCACACUCCUCUCCUGCACAUACUUCCAGCUUUCAUACCUUCACACUCCUCUCCUGCACAUACUUCCAGCUGUCAUACCCUUCACACUCCUCUCCUGCACAUACUUCCAGCUGCCAUACCCUCCAGACUCCUUUCCUGCACAUACCGCUCCCUGUCAUACCCUCCACACUCCUUUCCUGUACAUACUUCCAGCUGGCAUACCCUCCACACUCCUUUCCUGUACAUACCGCUCCCUGUCAUAUCCUCCACACUCCUCUCCUGCACAUACCGCUCCCUGUCAUAUCCUCCACACUCCUCUCCUGCACAUACUGCUUCCUGUCAUACCCUCCACACUCCUUUCCUGUACAUACUGCCCCUGCCAUACCCUCCACACUCCUUUCCUGUACAUACUGCCCCUGUCAUACCCUCCACACUCCUCUCCUGUACAUA